CCUGCGGCCUUUGUUGCCCGCGGAGAGCGGUUCAGGCGGGGGUCCGGCAACAUGUCCUGAGCCACCCUGCCACCAUGGCCCGCGCCCCCCGAUCUCCCCAAGCCCUGCUGCUGCUGCUGUGCGCACUGGCACCCCCAGCGCUCGGACCCGCGCCAGGGCCGCCCGGGGAGGCAGGGGACAUCGUGCACCCCGUGCGUGUGGACGCGGGCGGCUCCUUCCUGUCCUACGAGCUGUGGCCUCGGGUGCUGCGCAGAAGGGCCCUGUCCUCCUCGCGUCUGGCCGCUCAAGCCUUCUAUGAGGUGCUGUACCGCGGACGCCCCCUGCGCUUCAACCUGACGGCCAACACACACCUGCUGGCACCCGGCUUCCUGUGUGAAACAAGGCGCGGGGGCCUGGGCCGCACCCUGCUUCGCGCCCGCGUGCCCGCCUGCCACCUGCUGGGCCAGGUGCAGGACCCCCAGCUGGACAGUGGCCUGGCGGCCAUCAGCGCCUGCGAUGGCCUGAUGGGCGUGUUUCGGCUGUCCGAGGAGGACUACUUCAUCCAGCCCCUGCGCAGGGCCCAGGUCCACCCCGGCCGCGCCCGGCCUCACGUGGUGUACAAGCGGCAGGCACCCCAGAGAGGGGCCGCACCGGGGGACACCCAGGCUGCAGGCACCUGUGAUGUGCAAGAGUCCCCCGAGGUGGAAGCCAGGCGGGAGCGGUGGCAGCAACUCCUGCCCCGCCCGCGCCGUCUACACCAGCGCUCCGUCAGCAAGGAGAAGUGGGUGGAGACCCUGGUGGUGGCCGACACCAAGAUGGUGGACUACCACGGGCAGCCCGACGUGGAGAGCUACGUGCUGACCAUCAUGAACAUGGUGGCCGGCCUGUUCCACGACCCCAGCAUCGGGAACCCCAUCCACAUUACCGUCGUGCGCCUGGUCCUGCUGGAGGAGGAGGAGGAGGACCUGAAGGUCACACACCACGCGGACAACACGCUGCGCAGCUUCUGCAGGUGGCAGAAGAGCAUCAACACCAAGAGCGAUGCCCACCCCCUGCACCAUGACACGGCCAUCCUGCUCACCAGGAAGGACCUUUGUGCCAGCAUGAACCAGCCCUGUGAGACCCUGGGCCUGUCGCAUGUGGCGGGCAUGUGCCAGCCCCACCGCAGCUGCAGCGUCAAUGAGGACUCGGGCCUGCCCCUGGCCUUCACCGUGGCCCACGAGCUGGGGCACAGCUUCGGCGUCCAGCACGAUGGCAGCGGCAACGACUGUGAGCCGGUGGGGAAGCGGCCUCAUAUCAUGUCCCCACAGCUGCUGUACGACGCGGCGCCCCUCACCUGGUCUCGCUGUAGCCGCCAGUACAUCACCAGGUUCCUCGACCGGGGAUGGGGCCUGUGCCUUGACGACCCUCCCGCCAAGAACACCGUGGACUUCCCCUCAGUGCCUCCGGGCGUGCUCUAUGAUGUGGGGCACCAGUGCCGUCUGCAGUACGGGGCCCACUCCGCCUUCUGUGAGGACGUGGACGACGUGUGUCACACGCUCUGGUGCUCUGUGGGGACCACCUGCCACUCCAAGCUGGACGCCGCCGUGGACGGAACCCGGUGCGGGGAGAACAAGUGGUGCCUGAACGGGGAGUGUGUGCCUGUGGGCUCGCCACCCAUGGCGGUGGACGGCGCGUGGUCGGGCUGGAGCGCCUGGUCCGUGUGUUCCCGGAGCUGCGGUGGAGGCGUGCAGAGCUCAGAGCGCCAGUGCACACAGCCAGCGCCCAGGUACAAGGGCAGGUUCUGUGUGGGAGAGCGGAGACGCCUGCGGCUGUGCGGCCUGCAGCCCUGCCCCCCCGGCCGGCCCUCUUUCCGCCAGGUGCAGUGCAGCCACUUUGACGGCCUGCUGUACAACGGCCAGCUGCACACGUGGCUGCCCGUGGUCAAUGAUGUCAGCCCCUGCGAGCUGCACUGCCGGCCCUCGGGCGAGCGCUUCGCCGAGAAGCUGCGGGACGCUGUGGUGGACGGCACUCCCUGCUACCCCGGCCGACCCAGCCGGGACCUCUGCAUCAAUGGCAUCUGCAAGAGCGUGGGCUGCGACUUCCAGAUCGAGUCGGGGGCGGAGGAGGACCGCUGUGGCGUGUGCCGCGGGAACGGUUCCACCUGCCACACCGUGCGCGCCACCUUCUGGGAGGCCGAGGGCCUGGGGUACGUGGACGUGGGGCUGAUCCCUGCCGGUGCCCGUGACAUCCGCGUCCAGGAGGUGGCCGAGGCUGCCAACUUCCUGGCGCUACGUGACCCGGCCUCCGACCGCUAUUUCCUCAACGGCGGCUGGACCAUCCAGUGGGCGGGCGACUACCCGGCGGCUGGGACCACCUUCACCUAUGCCCGCGCCGGCGACUGGGAGAACCUCACGGCCCCCGGACCCACCCUCGAGCCCCUGUGGAUACAGCUCCUAUUCCAGGAGACCAACCCGGGGGUCCGGUACGAGUACACGGUGCACAGGGAGCCGGGCCGUGGUGAGGGGCAGCUACCACGCUUCUCCUGGCGCUUCGGGCCCUGGAGCAGGUGUCCAGUGACCUGUGGCACAGGCACACAGAGACAGAGUCCCCACUGCGAGGAGCAGCAGGGAGGCCGCGUGGAUGAGAGGCACUGUGACCCCCUGGACCGGCCAGACGAUCGCCAGAGGAAGUGCAGUGAGGAGCCCUGCCCGGCCCGGUGGUGGGCUGGUGAGUGGCAGACGUGUUCCCGCUCCUGUGGGCCUGGCGGGGUGGUGCACAGGCCGGUGCUCUGCAUCCAUGGCGUGGGCCCCGAGGAGCAGCGCGCCCUGCCCGCGUCUGCCUGCCUGCACCUGCCGCGGCCCCCAGCCGAGGCCCCCUGCAGCCCCCGGCCGCCCUGCCCCGCCACCUGGGCCGUGGGGAACUGGUCCCAGUGCUCUGUGACCUGCGGGGCCGGCUCUCAGCACCGCGAUGUCCUCUGUGCCAACGACACGGCCGCCCCCUGCGAGGAGGCCCGGCGUCCCCCCGAUGUGGCCGCCUGCCACCGGCCCGCCUGCCCCAGACUCCUGGACGCGUCUCUGGGCCCUGAGGGGUCGGGCAGCGGCGCCCCCAGCCACGAGCUCUUCAAUGAGGUGGACUUCACCCCCCGACGUGUGCCCCCCAGGCCCCCGGCUCCUCCCACGCCCCGGCCGACCAGGCUGGACAACGCCAUCGAUGAGGGCGCCCUGCCCAGCCUGCCGGGGACCGUGUUUGUGGACGAUUUCUACUACGACUACAACUUCAUCAACUUCCACGAAGAUCUGUCCCACCUGCCCUUCUCGGAGCCCGAGCCCCAGCUCGUGGACACGGGGGCCCAGACACCCUACACGGCAGGGACAGGGGACGGGACACCCCCCACGGCAGGGACAGGGGACAGGACACCCUCCACGGCAGGGACAGGGGACGGGACACCCCCCACGGCAGGGACAGGGGACGGGACAGCCCCCAUGGCAGAGACAGGAGACGGGACAUUCCCCAUGGCAGGGACAGGAGACAGGACACCCCCCACAGCAGAGACAGGGGACGGGACAGCCCCCACGGCAGGGACAGGAGACGGGACACCCCCCACGGCAGAGACAGGGGACGGGACAGCCCCCACAGCAGAGACAGGAGACAGGACACCCCCCACGGCAGAGACAGGGGACGGGACAUUCCCCAUGGCAGGGACAGGGGACAGGAUACUCCCUACAGCAGAUGUGGGGGCCCAGAGGACCCCCACAACAGACAUGGGGGACUGGAUGCUUCCCACAGCAGAGACAGGGGACAGGACAUUCCCCACGGCAGGGACAGGGGAUGGGACACCCCCCACGGCAGGGACAGGGGACUGGACAUUCCCCAUGGCAGGGAUAGGGGACGGGACACUCCCUGCAGCAGACUUGGGGGACUGGACACCCCCCACAGCAUACUCAGGGGCCCAGGAACCCCCCACAGCAGGGACCGGGGACAGGACACUCCCUACAGCAGAUAUGGGGGUUCAGUUGCCCCCCACAGCAGACUUGGGGGACUGGAUGCCUUCCACGGCUGGGACAAGAGCUAGGAUGCCCCCUUUGGCCAGGACAGGGGAGCAGACACUCCCCACAAAAGUCAUAGGGGACUGGACACCCCCCAUGGCAGGGACAGACCAGACCCCUCCCAUGGCAGGCAUGGGGAACUGGACGCCUCCCACAGCAGACAUGGGGGACCGGACGCCUCCCACAGCAGACAUGGCAGACGGGACGUCCCCCAUAGGGGCUCCCCCACUUACCAAGGGGCUCCCUGAGGCUGAGAAAGAGGGUCCCCUGGCAGAGCGCACCCCCGUCCCUGGGCCCAGCCAUGCCCUACCCCCACUUUCAGGCUGGAGCCCCGGGAACCCUUUGAGCAACUCCUUAUCUGAGGACAGCGUCUCUGUUGGGGCCCGGGGCCCCGGUGUACCCUCUUCAGAAGGGGGCGUGGAGCCUCCAGCAGCACCUGUGCCCUCCAGCCAGUUUCCAGGCGCCAAGGACGGUGGGGGCCGGCUGUCUCCUCAGCAGUGGGGGGGCACCAGUGAGAUUUCUCAGGACAAGGAGAUCUCGGGCCACGGAGAACCCUCCCUGUCUCCAAGUCCCAGCCCAGCGGCUUCCCAGCUUUCCCACGGUGCCAUGGCGGCCUCCAGCCCUGGCUUGGAGGAGCCGUGGAUGUGGGGACCCGUGGCUGGAAGUCCUGGGCACCACGGGCUGUGGCUCACCGUGGGGAGUGCGUCCCCUCCCCCGGCCACCUGGACCCCUCUUCUCCCGAGCCAGGGGCGAGCCCCACAGGACCUUGCCGUCACCCCCGUGGGCUCGGGGCCUGGGACCUGGGUGCCCGCUCUGGCCCCUGGGGCCCCUGAGCAGGGCCGGUCACAGCCCCCUGGCCCCGAGCAGCUGGCCACCCCUGAGGGUUCUUCACCACCCAGCAGCAGACCCCCUGAGGCCUGGCCUUUGUCGCCUAGCCUGGCUGAGGAGGGGCCCCCGGGCCUGCAGCCCCCUGGCAGUGCCAGCUGGGAAGUGGGGGCCUGGAGCCAGUGCUCCGCCACCUGUGGGCUGGGCGCCAUGUGGAGGCCCGUGCACUGCAGCUCCAGCCGGGAGGACGACUGUCCGGCUGCCCGCCGGCCCCAGCCCGCCCGCCACUGCCACCUGCGGCCCUGCGCCACCUGGCUGGCCGGCAACUGGAGCAAGUGCUCCCGCGGCUGUGGCGGAGGCUCCUCCGUGCGGGACGUACAGUGCGUGGACACCCAGGCCCUCCGGCCGCUGCGGCCCUUCCACUGCCAGCCGGGGCCCCCGCAGCCAGCGACCCGCCGGGCCUGUGGGCUGCAGCCCUGCCUCAGCUGGUACACAUCCUCCUGGAGGGAGUGCUCUGAGCCCUGCGGCAGGGGCCAGCAGCAGCGCCUUGUGACCUGCCCAGAGCCCGGGCUCUGCGAGGAGGCUCUGCGACCACACAGCACCCAGCCCUGCAACACUCAGCCCUGUGCCCGCUGGGUGGUGGGGCCCUGGGGCCAGUGCUCAGCCCCCUGUGGUGGGGGUGUCCAGCGGCGGCUGGUCAAGUGCGUCAGUGCCCAAACAGGGCUACCUGAGGAGGAUGGCGAGCAGUGUGGCCAUGAGACCCAGCCCGAGAGCUUGAAGCCGUGUGCCACUCAGGACUGUAGGCUCUCUGAGCCCGCGAGCUGCAAGCGGGACCGCCUGCCCUUUGGCUUCUGCGAGACCCUGCGUCUACUCGGCCGCUGCCUGCUGCCCACCAUCCGCACCCAGUGCUGCCUCACCUGUGGCCACCCCUCAGAUGCGGGCUGACCGGCGGACCCGACGCCCAGCCGCGGGGGGCCGUGUGCCCCCAUGGUGCUAACCCCCCAUCCCAGAAAUGGUCUUCACAUAAACCACCUUCCGCCUUCCAGA